UGAUCACAGACUCUAUCCCAAACCUUUUCUCCAACUUCACUCGUCCCUGUUUCUCAUUUCACUACACCAUUCCUCAUUACCACCAAUUCACCCACGGAGCGGAAGAGAGAGAGAAGCUUCAUCAUCAACCUCUGGACUGACUUGUGAGCCCGAAACCAUUUGAAGCAAACUUGUUUUGUCUGCUACCACUCUAUUCCAAACCUUUUCUCCAACUUCGCUCGUCACCAUUCUUCAUUACCACCAAUUCAACAAAGAAGCAGAAGAGAUAGAGAAGCUUUCAUCAACUUCUGGUCUGACUUGUGAGCCCGAAAUCAUUCGACGCAAACUUGUUUUGUCUGCUACCGCUGCAAGCAUUUUUCUUUCCCGACCUGUGCCUAGGAGAUAUGGCUGACGUUGCUUUAGCUAUGGGAAGCUCUGUCUUCUCGGCUUUCCUUCAAGUUGUAUUUGAUAGGAUGGCUACAAAAGAGUUCUUCAAUCUAUUUCGGGGAAGAGAGAAUGACGGAGAACUCCUCGAGAAACUCAAACUGAACUUACAAAUAGUUGGAGAUGUGCUUGAUGAUGCAGAGAACAAGCAAACAAGGAACCGAUCUGUCAAAGGAUGGCUAGAUAAGCUUCAUGACACUAUCUACGAGGCAGAUGACUUGCUUGAUGAGAUCAACACUGAGGCACUACGACUGAAGGUUGAAGCUAUAUGCAAUAACUCGACCAGUCAGGUAAGUGCUUUGAAUUACAGCUCAUCUUUCAGUAAUGAUUUCCUUGGGAAGAUGAUGCCACAGAUAGAAAAAAUGGUUGCUAGAUUGGAUUGGUUCAUACAACAAAUUAACCCUAUGGGUUUGCGAGUUGUUGAACCAAAAAGGCAAUCCUGUCGAACUCCUUCGACUUCUUUGGUUGAUGAGGCCACAGUGUAUGGUAGAGAUGCUGAUAAGGAGAAGAUAAUUAAAAUGUUGCUAUCUGAGAGUGCAAAUGGAGUCAAUUUCACUGUGAUUUCUGUAGUGGGACUUGGGGGAAUUGGUAAGACCACUCUUGCUCAAUUGAUUUACAAAGAUAAGAGGGUGCAAAAUCACUUUCCUACAAAAGCAUGGGUUUGCAUAUCAGAAGAUUAUGAUGCUGCCAGGAUAACGAAAGAACUCCUUGAAGGGCUUGAUAUUCCACUUUCAGAUGCAAGCGAGAAUUUGAAUUCCCUUCGAGUGAAGCUACAAUUGGAGCUAACUGGCAAAAGGUUUCUUCUUGUUUUAGAUGAUCAUUGGAAUCGGGACUACAACGAGUGGGAUAGAUUCAAGGUGCUAUUCACAGGUGCAAUGCAAGGAAGUAAGAUCAUUGUAACUACACGUGAUGAGAAAAUUGCAUUAAUGAUGUGUAAAAAAGAGUCAAUUUAUUCCUUGGAUUUGAUAGCAGAGGAAGAUUGCUGCUCCUUAUUUGAAAAGCAUGCCUUUGAAAAUAUAGAUGGAGAUCAAAGACUAGAACUUGAAGAUAUAGGAAAGAAAAUUGUGAAGAAGUGUGCAAGGUUGCCUUUGGCUGUGAAAACAGUUGCAGGUCUCUUGCGUUCAAAAACAACGGCUGAAGAGUGGGAAGAUAUUUUAGUAAGUGAAGUAUGGACUCAAACAGACAAUGAAGAUGACAUCUUGCCAGCGUUGAGAUUGAGCUACAGUCAUCUUCCAUCUCGUCUUAAAAGGUGCUUUGCCUGUUGUGCUGUAUUUCAUAAGGAUUUCGAAUUUAGAAAAGAGGAAAUAAUUCAUUUAUGGCAAGCUAAUGACCUUUUGGAGCCUCCAGGAGAAAACAGGGGAAUUGAACAAAUCGGUGAAGAGUACUUACGUGAGUUGAGGUUUCGGUCCUUAGUCCUUACUUGAGCAGUCAACUGACGGUUUGUUUUCGAUGCACGACCUUGUCAAUGACUUGGCCAUAGCUGUUUCUAGAAGGUACUGUUACAGGCUGGAAGAUAAUGACCCGGAACAUGGUAAAAUAGGCAGCAUAAGUUACUUUUCAUACCAUCCUAGUAGUUUUCAUGACACAUUUCAUAAAUUUGAACUCUUGAGGGAGACCAAGAACUUGAGAACAUUUUUACCAUUAAGUAAACGACGUGGCGGAAAAGGAUUGAGCCACAAAUUUUUGCAUGAAAUGUUGCCCAAAUUCAGGUCCUUAAGGUUUCUGUCGUUGUUGUUCUAUAAAAUCCAUAAGUUGCCCGACUCAAUUAGUGAUUUGAAACACCUUCGUUUGCUGAAUCUCUCUUCUACUCCUUUGGAAACCCUACCAGAGUGUAUCUGCGCCUUAUAUAACCUCCAAACAUUGUUGUUGUCAGAUUGUGAGAAACUGGAAGAGUUGCCGGUAAGUUUGGCGAAGUUAAUUAACUUGUCUUACCUGGAUAUUAGUGGAACUCCGUUGAAAAAAAUGCCACUGUAUAUGAGUAGACUGAGAAACCUUCGAGUUUUGACUAAUUUUAUAGUAGGCAAGGACAGCGGUUCAAUGAUUGAGGAGUUGGGCAAAUUUCCUAAGCUUCGUGGUAGGCUCUUCAUUUCAAAGCUGGAAAAUGUUUGUAGUGGUAGGGAUGCAUCGAUGGCGAAUCUAAAGGGCAAGAAACACCUUGACGAGUUAACUUUGGAGUGGAAUGGUGCUAUCAAUGAUUCGCAAGCUGUGAGAGAUGUGCUUGAUAAUUUACAACCUCAUUCAAGCAUAAAGCAUCUCAAGAUCAUAGGGUAUGGCGGGACAACAUUUCCAGAUUGGCUAGGCAACUCUUCGUUAAGCCAUUUGGAAUCGUUGAGUCUUUCUAAUUGUGAAAAUUGUUUUUCCUUGCCUGCACUUGGGCAGCUAGAGUCCUUGCAAUCACUUGAAAUUGUUGGAAUGAGUUAUAUAUCAGAUUUGGCGGAGGAUUUUUAUGGAGAUGUCAGUGCAACCAAACCAUUCCCAUCUCUGAAAAAGUUGAGAAUCGAGAAGUUGCCAGAGUGGGAGAGAUGGUACAUACCAGAAGGUGAAGUCUUCAAUAGACUCAAAAAACUCAGUAUAAUUGACUGUCCCAAACUGAUUGGAGAGCUUCCCCAACAACUUGCAUCGCUGCAAAGCCUUGAGAUAUCUGGGUGCGACAAUCUUGUGUGUCCCAGUGGUCGAUUGAGCGUCUUCAAUGGAGAGAUUCGACAAAAAUUUUCAUCUCUCCGUGAAUUGAAGAUUUCAGCGCUAAAAAAUUUGAAAGAGUUGCCCCUACAGCUCAACCAAUUAUUCCGACUUACGGUUGAUGAUUGUGGGUCUCUCUUACCCUCGCACGUGAGUAGACUGCCUGCUUCACUUUAUUCACUUGAGUACAAGGGAUGCUGCAAUUUGGAAUUGGAGAGUUCAAGCGGGGAGGAUGGUGGCGCCUUGGAGCGCUUGAUAUUAGAAAAUUGUGACACUGUCAAAGUCAAAGUCGAGUGGCUUGCCUCGUUUCCCAUGCUAAAAGGUGUUCAAUUUUAUAAAUGCAAGAGUGUUGAGAUGCUCUCAGUUCCUGCUGCACCUGGGAUUGGGAUUGGGAAUCAGAGUGGCAUGACAACUACUACUACUAGUACUAGUAGUGUGAUGACGUCACUUCAAUCCUUAUACAUCUCGUUCUGCAAUGAUCUAAUAUUGUCUUUUCCAGCCCCCAAUCUAACGCGGCUCGAAAUAUGGUAUUGCGAGAAGCUCACGUCGUUGCCGCAACGGAUGGAAUCCCUCCUCCCAUCUCUUCGAUCUCUGCUUCUAUUAAAUUGUCCAGAAAUUGAGUGCUUCCCGGAAGGGGGUUUGCCCUCCACCCUACAAUCCCUUGCCAUCUUUGAUUGCAAGAAGCUCACGAGUCGUAGGAGAGAGUGGGGUUUGGAUAAACUCCCCUCUCUCGCGGAUUUGACCAUUAAGAGUCCCUGUGAUGAAGUAGAGUCGUUUCCAGAGGAGGACUGGCGGUUGCCUUGCGCGCUUCAAUCUCUCUACUUGUCCUCCCUUCAGAAUCUGAAAGUGCUAAACUAUUCGGCUCUUCGACACCUCACCUCUCUUCAAAUGCUAGGCAUCUAUCAUUGCCCUCGACUCCAGUCCCUACCAGAAGAGGGACUGCCCGCCUCCCUCACCGAACUACAUAUCGCAAAUUGUCCACUGCUGAAACCAAGGUUAGAAUGGGAGAAAGGACAAGAUUGGCCCAAGGUUGCCCGCAUCCACCGCGUAAUAGUCGAUCGGCAGCCAGUUCCUUGACGGUGACGCUGAGGGAGGAAAUCUAUAGCUGAUUACUCUCAUCAAGUGCCUGCUGCCGAAAAGGAUAAAUCCAUCUCCUGCAUUUUUGAUAUCUGAGACUAGACAUUUUUGUCCAGAAAUAGUGCUUCCUGGAAGGGCGUUUGGCCUGUUAGCCAAAUUUAUAUUGAGAUCUCCUAUUGUGAAGAGCGCAUGAGUCACUUGAGAGAGUGGGGUUUGGAGAGGCUCCCUGUUACACACUCGAGCUUUGGUGUUAGCUAUGCAGAGUUGUUGUGUAGGCGGAUUGCUGCCUUACUCGCUUAAAUCUCUCGGAUUGUAAAACCUUAAGAAUCUGAACAUGCUAAACUAUUCAGGUCUUUGACACCUCACUGUUUUCUUCAAAAGCUAAAAAUCAUGACCUGUAUUGCACUCCAGUCCCAACCAGAAGAGGGAAUUCCCACCUCCCUCUGCAUGGGAAAUCUUUGACUGCCCACUAUUGAAACCAAAGUUAGAAUGGCAGAAGGAACAAGACUGGCACAAGAUUGCGGGCUUCCCCAUGCAUUAGUUGUUCAAUAAUUAGUCCCUUCACAGAAAUGCUAAAAGUGUGAAGGAUUCGACAGUUACUAGACCUCCAUCAUCUCUUUGGAUUAAGAAUUGCACUCUACCUAUCUAUGGAAUAUAGCUCAUUAUUGUUCUCAGCUUCAGCCAUUGCUGGUAGAGGGUCCACCUAUGUCGCUCUUUAUGGCAGAAAUAAAAAAUGCCCACAUCGAUGACAAUACAGGGAAGAAGAUGGUUGGUGCAAUGUAGCUCAUAAUUCAUGGAUGUCAAUGAUGAACUCAUUCUAUGAUCAGUUAUGCACUUGCAGUUUCUUUGUAAGAAUUGGGGCUAUGAUUAUUUAGUGCCUCUUUUCAGAAGUACGUAUCACAAGGAGUUCAAUUUGCUACUUCCAAAGGUGCAACCUUCCUCGCGCAUUAAUGUUCAAAAAUGUGGGAGCAUCCUGUAGCUAAGAGCAUUUUAGCUCGAUGUUGCCUCCAGCCUGCAACCAUAUCCUUUUGAUGGUGGAUAUCCAGAGUUUGCCCUCUCGCUGAGAAUCCAAGAUUAGUGGCACCGAUGAAGAAGAGUCGCUUCCAUGAUACUGGCUGCUGUCUUGCACGUUGCACCCUUACAAUCUCUCACUUGGAGCAGCAUAAGAGUUGAAGAACAAUGACCUACAAGCGUCUUCAGCACUUUAACCAUUUUGAAGAUAUGGAAACAGCUGACCGCUUUCAGCUCUAGUCACUGCAAAAAGAGUGGUUGGCAACUUCCCGGGCUCUCUUAUGCAUGAAAAAUCUUAGUUCUUGCCUUGCAUUUGGAAAUUCAGGAAUUUUUCAACUUUUGAGAUUAAUCUCUACUUCCUUUUUGGUGCAUUCCUCCGGAGUCACUUUUUACAUUGGAUCAUAGAAAAAUUUUUCCUUUCUCUUUGCAAUUAACAAUAGGGUCGCAUUUUGUAAUUCCUUUGCAUUUCUUAUUUGAUUUCAAAAAUUAGUUUUUGAAUA